CCUCGCCCGCCGGCACGAGCAAGGCACACAAACAAUGCCGAUGUGCUGAGGAAAAUGAAGGCUGUGGCGGCAAUAGUGCUGGUGCUGACUGUAGUUACAACGACGGUCGUUCAGAGCUUUGCCCCCAAGGCACGGCUACCUAUCCAUGAGCCGCGGCGCUUGGACUAGGAAGAGCAUGUGAGAGACAUCAAGCGCAGGGGGGGUGUUCAGGCGCAUGUACCGGAUGGAGGAGCACAGCUUACAAACUUGCGGAGCUGCUGCGACCAAUCCUGGAGAGCAACGACUUCUAUGCAAGGAAGCGCACGCGCAGCGGAGCUGUGCCGGUAAAAAUUCGUUUGGCGGUGGCGUUGCGCAUGCUGGCAGGAGCAUCAUACCUAGAUGUCGCGGUGCUGUUCGGCAUUGCGAAGGAGACUGUAUUCCACGUCUUGUGGGAAGUGGUGGACGCGAUCAACAACACGCCGGAGGUCGGGGCGUUCUUUUUCCCUCAGACAAGGGAUGAUUGCGCCCGGCAAGCGAAGGAGUGGGAGGCCAAGAGCACCGGCGGCGUAUUCUCCGGUUGUGUUGCUGCUGGAGAUGGCCUGUUCGUCAAGACCAUCGCCCCGUCUCCGGUGGAUACCCCGAACGUGCUCUCCUACUUUUCCGGGAACAAGAGUGGGUACGGGUUGAACAUCCAGGCGACCUGUGACGCCAACUACCGCUUCUGCAGCAUGUCGGCCAUUUCGGCCGGUGCGACGAAUGACUGGACAGCAUGGAAUCGUUCUUCGCUGUCAGACUCGGUGGCGCGCCUACCGCCUGGGUACUACGUGCUAGGCGACGCGGCGUACCCUCUCAGCGAUCAUCUCCUCACGCCGUAC